AUCGCGACGCGCUAAAUGUAUAUAUAGUAAACAGAUCGCAAGCCGAAAUAUAACUCUAUUGGUCGCAACUGUUUAUAUAACCAUGUAGACGGGCAUUGUGAAAUAUAGCUCUUUAUCAAUUGCUUUGCCAGUUCAGACCUCUGGCCGGAGUUCUUCACGUUGACAUGGACGCGUGUCUGUUGUUUGUGACUUUGGUGGUUAUGAGUGUUCCGACGUCCUUGGCGUCAGGUCCAUUUGGCGACGCAUUUGCGUGGGGAGUCGCCACUUCCGCUUUCCAAACGGAAGGGGCAUGGAACGUCAAAGGAAAGGGUUGGAGUGUCUGGGACAAGUUUGCGUUCGAUCGUCACGGUGACACGGGAGAAAACACGUGCGACACGUACUACCGCGUUGACGAAGACAUCGACCGAUUAAAGGGAUUAGGGGUUACACACUACUCAUUCUCGAUCUCAUGGGCUCGGAUCUUCCCAAAUGGACGCGCGGCCAGUCGGAAUCAAGACGGAAUCCAGCACUACCAAGAUUUAACCCGGAAGCUCGUCGAGCACGGAAUCAAGCCAGUGGCGACCCUCUACCACUUCGACCUGCCACAAGACCUUGAGGCUGACGGGGGUUGGAAGAACCCGGCUACUGCGGACUCUUUUGUAGACUAUGCUAGAAUCAUGUUCGAGACUCUCGGUGAUAAAGUGAAGUACUGGGUGACAAUUUACGACCCGUACAGCGUUGCUUAUAUUGGUUACGGUAAUGGCUCGUACGCCCCAGGCGGCAGGGACUUAGAGAACGCUCCCUAUACGGUUGCCAAGAACCUUAUCAGGGCCCAUGCAAGGGUCUACGCGAUGUACAACUCUGACUACAAAGCCGUACAGAAAGGCAGCGUCGGUAUUGUUCUUGGCUCCGACGUGUUCUUGCCUGCAACUCAGUCGAGAGCGGAUGUGGAAGCCACGGAGCGAGCACGUGACUUCACGAUUGGCUGGUUUGCCGAGCCGUUGCUAGGUUCCGGGGAUUAUCCAAGCGCCAUGACUCAGGGUACCGGAACUCGCCUGCCUCAGUUCACAGCAGAAGAAAUAACUCAAAAUAGUGGUACCCUGGACUUUUUGGGCGUAGCGAUAGGCGAGGCGGUGAGAGUGAGUAAGCCUCAAUCUCCAUUGACAACGGGCUACCCUCAGGAUCGCGGGGCAGAGUUCGGGGAACGCUCAAGCCCAUCACAAGCGGCCCUGCACGAUUUUCUCAAGAUUCUCAAGUCUACUUACCGAAGCCCGGACAUGUACGUGUUCGACCAGGGCUAUGCUGACUGCGGGACCCUGUACGACCAAGCAAGGAUCGAUCACUUGAAGGAAUUCAUCAGGGGAAUGAGAGUGGCAAUCGAGUCCGACCACGUUACCGUGAGCGGGUUCUUCACACAGUUCAUGGACAGCUACGACUGGCUUGACGGCUUCCGGACAAAGCGCGGGCUCCUCCACGUGGAGUUCGACCGGAAGGACCGCCUCGACAAGGCCUCCGCUAGGUACUUUCGGCACGCGAUCCAGCACAACGGCCAGGAGUUCGAUUACCCGCCUUCGUUUAUCCCUGAUGUAAUUCUAGAGAAAGACGAGUUUUUGAACGCCACUUUCCCGCCGGGAUUCCACUGGGGCGUGGCAACUGCCGCGUAUCAAAUUGAGGGCGCGUGGAACGAAUCCGGAAAGGGCGAGAGUAUCUGGGACAAGUUCGCCCAUGACAGCCGACUUGCCAACAGGGACACGGGGGAUGUAGCGUGCGACAGCUACCACAAGUACCAGGAGGACGUCAGGAUGGUCAAGAGUCUCGGGGUGUCCCACUACCGGUUCUCUAUCGCGUGGAGCCGCCUUCUUCCUGACGGCCGGAGCAGCUCCCUAAAUGCGGCAGCAGUCCGGUACUACAACGACCUGAUCAACGAGCUGCACGCAAACGCCAUCACGCCCAUGGUGACGCUGUACCACUGGGACCUGCCACAGGCGCUACAGGAAAUAGGAGGCUGGGAGAAUGACACCAUCAUAGAUUACUUUAACGACUACGCUAAAACGUGUUUCGAGCACUUUGGCGACAGGGUUCCUCUAUGGAUUACGUUCAACGAGGCGUUUGUCGUAUCGUGGCUGGGCUACGGAAUAGGCGUGUUUGCCCCAGGGGUGUCCAAGCCGGGUGACGGGGUGUACCGCGUGGCCCACAACAUCAUCCGGUCCCACGUGAAAGCCUAUCGCACAUACGACAAGACGUAUAGGUCGCGUUAUCAUGGCAAGGUGGGUAUAACUCUGGACUGCGACUGGAAGGAGCCUAUCACCACGGAAGCCAUGGACAGGUACGCUGCGGAACGCGCGCUCCAGUUCAAACUGGGCUGGUUCGCAAACCCCAUUUACGGCAACGGCGACUACCCGGCCGUCAUGCGCUCGACCUUGGACCGGAAGAGCCAACAGGAGGGCCGAACGGAGUCGCGGCUUCCAAGGUUCACAGAGGAAGAAAAAAGAAUGAAUAGAGGCGCCAACGACUUCUUCGGUUUGAACCACUACACUACCCAGUACGUCCGCCACAACAGAGACGACCGGCGCAGCCACUAUGAGGGUGACCAGGACCUGUACACCAAGGUGGAUGAUUGCUGGCCAGGGUCACGAUCAGACUGGCUGAAGGUCAAUCCAUGGGGUCUGCGCAGGUUGCUGCGGUGGGUGCGUGAUCGUUAUGGUAACCCGCCCAUCUACGUCACAGAGAACGGGAUAUCAGACGACGGUUCGCUGGAUGACCAGAACCGUAUUGACUUCUACAGGGCAUACACCAACGAAAUGCUCAAAGCAAUCCUCCGCGAUGGCUGUAACGUGAAGGGUUAUAUGGCUUGGUCGCUCAUGGACAACCUCGAGUGGACCAGUGGCUACACGCAGAAAUUCGGCAUAUACCAAGUGGACUUCAACUCUCCCAACCGGACACGAACGCCAAAGAAAUCUGCAGCAUUCUUUAGGCGACUGGCGACAACCAACGGAUACAACUAGAUUUAGAUUACCAUUUCCAUUGAUAGCAUUCAGUGUAUACUAAUAAUUUUGCAUUGUAUUUUUGAUUUAAUGAUACAAAUGGAUGGUAUUGCGAAUAUGGAUUAUGUGAAUGCUUUUGCAGUCACUGGAGUGAAAAAAACGUUUGAAAACGUUAAUAAACUUAAAAUGAUGAGAAGACUUCGUAAUGAAUGCGAACGUAAGAUUGUUUACAAAAUAAAGGUUGUUUUUCUUAA